AUGUCCGCCCUGCCCCGAAAUGCCCCAAGAAGGGGUCUGAAGAACCUCAACCUCAGCCUCGGCCUCGGCCCCAGAGCACCGACCCCCUUCAUCUGCUCAUCAUGCCGACGAUCUCAACUCCAAACACAGCCGCAGUCGCCGCCGCCCCGACGACACUUCUCAGCCACCACCGGCGCCCGUGGAGCAGCAGCACCUCCACCCCCACCACCGCCCUCGUCAGGCUUCGCGCGUCUCACGAGCCGCCGCCUCAUCUCCAUCGCUGGCGCUGAUGCGCCGCGCUUCCUUCAGGGCAUAAUCACGUCCUCGAUCAGCGCGAACCCGCGGAACGCCAGCGCCGAGCCUAGCACGCCGCGCACCGACGGCUUCUAUAGCGGAUUUCUCAACGCCACGGGCCGCGUGCUGCACGACGUAUUCAUAUAUCCGGACACGGUGGGCGCGGCCGGGGACCUGAGCCUGGGAGCUGGAGAGGCAUUCAUCAUUGAGGUGGAUGCGGAGCGGCUGGGCGACCUGCUACGGCAUCUUAGGCGUUAUAAGCUCAGGAGCAAGCUGAAGGUGCGCGCAUUGGAGGAAGGGGAGUGCGCGGCGUGGCAGGUAUGGGACGAUGGUGCUCCAGAGACGGGUGCCGAGAUGGAGGCGCCGCGCGUGGGCAAGGAGGACGGCAUCGUGCUGCGAGAUACGAGGGCGCCGGGCAUGGGCUACCGUGUACUGAGCAAGCGGGCAGACGGGCCGCAGCUGGACAUGGAACAGACCGCUGACACCGCCUACCGCAUCCGCCGCUACCUCCAUGGCGUCGCGGAGGGCCAGGGCGAGAUGAUCCGCGAGCAGGCGCUGCCGCUCGACUCGAACAUGGAUCUGAUGGGCGGCAUCGACUUCCGCAAGGGCUGCUACGUGGGACAGGAGCUGACGAUCCGCACAAAGCACCGCGGCGUCGUGCGCAAGCGCAUCCUGCCGUGCGUGCUGUACGAUCCCACCACGCCGCCGCCGCAGCGUCUCGAGUAUAGCCCGGAUUCCGCAACCCAGGCUCUGCCAGCCGAGCAUAUACCAGCGGGCCUCAGCAUUGGCCGCGACGGCAAGAAGGGCCGCAGCGCCGGCAACUGGCUGAGCGGUGUGGGCAACGUCGGGCUGGCACUGUGUCGUCUGCAGAUCAUGACCGAUAUCGAGCUGCCCGGCGAGACGGCCACGGCGCCGUUCGAUCCCGCCGACGAGUUUGUCAUGAAGAUGGGCACGGACGAGGAUGGGGAUGCGGAUAAGGGCCGGGCGGUCAAGGUUAAGGCUUUCGUGCCGGAGUGGCUGCGUAGGAGGCUGGAUGAGAGUAAUACCUCUACGCACUAG